GUGAGGUUGUGUAUACAUUAAAGAUUGAGUAGUUGAUAGAGAUAUUAAAAAAGCAAGAUAUAAUUCUUAUCUAGCUGUAUGAUAGUGACUUAUUAUAUAUUUGAAAGAGAUAAAGCAACUUAUAUAAGUAUUGCUUCUACAAAAUAAUACUGUUUUUGUUGUACAUUCACAGUUGUGAAACUUUGAAAAGAAAGUAUACAUCAACAUGAGUCUUAAGUUUGCUAGCAACUUGUCUUUCAUGUUUAACGAAACAUCAUCUAUCAAGGAAAGAUACAAAUUAGCUAAAGAUGCUGGUUUUAAAGCUGUGGAAAGUGGUUUCCCUCUUAACUUCCCUAUUAAAGAUAUAUUAGAGGCUAAAAGAAGUGCUGAUGUGGAACAAAUUCUCAUAAAUGUUUAUACAGGUGAUACGUCAAAAGGAGAAUUAGGAUACGCUGCAAUUCCUGGACAGGAAGAGAAUUUCAAGAAGAGCAUUAACACAACAAUAGAAUAUGCAAAAGCAUUGAACUGCAAAAAAAUUCAUGUAAUGUCUGGUAAUGUGAAUAAGCCAACAUCCGCUAACGACAACGCCUACGAAAACAAUCUUUUAUAUGCAGUCGAGAAAUUUAAAACAGAAGAAAUUGUGGGUCUUGUUGAACCUAUUAGUAGCGCUGCUGCUCCAAAUUAUUACAUGAAUAGUUUUGAAAAAGGUUUAAACAUAGUGAAGAAGAUAAAUAGCCCGAAUUUAAAGUUACUACUCGAUGUUUUUCACCUGCAACAGAUUUCUGGAAGCAUUACGAAAACUAUUAAAGAAUUAAUGCCUUACAUAGGCCAUGUACAAAUCGCUCAAGUACCAGAUAGAAACGAGCCUGACACACCUGGGGAAAUAAACUACAAAUACGUACUUUCUAUCUUAGAAAUGGAAGGGUACAAUGGAUAUGUUGGAUUGGAAUAUCGUCCAAAAUCAUCUUCGGUCAAAGGAUUGAGUUGGAUACAGAAAUAUGGUUACAAAUUGUAACAACAUUGCAUAAAAUAGUACAGUUAUUAUUCUUGAACGUCGCAUGGAUAAAGAAGAAAAAAUAUUUUACGAACUUUAUCCGUGUUUCAAGAUACACCAUAUUUUUACAAUUUAAUUUUCAUUAUAAACAUUAUAUACAUAGGAAACAAAAAAUCAAGUAAACCUAUUUUAUAUAUAAAUAUAAUUUUAUGUAUUGUUCUUGUAGCGAUAUACAUUUUAUUGUUCUCGUAAUAUUAAAUAAAAGAAAUGCUUUAUACUAA